AUGAGCAGCCGCUCCUCCAUCGUUGAGCCCUCAAGAAAUCCAUUCGGCGCGAAUUUCAAGCAAUACCUGUUCCGCAGCGAUGCCCUGACCUCCGCCAUCAUGUCCAUGUCAGCUGCGUAUAUGGAAAAAAUGACAUAUGCCUGGCACUACCGCGCCGCAGCACUGAGCUUCAUGCAAAGAGACCUUCGCCGGCAGUCUUAUUCGGUGGAAAUGCUUGCAGCUAUGCUAUUUCUCGGCGCCACAGAGUGUUGGUUUGAUGCAGCAAACUCGGGAUCUCUCCAUCUCCGGGCUGCCAGCAAGGUGAUAAUUCACAUUGUGAAGUCGGGUACGAAAGUUCCAGUCUUCUUGACGAAUUUCCUCUGCUGGUUCGGAACGCUGGCGAGCUACGUGUCUGAUAAUGACGGCCAAAUUCUUUCCUCGUCCACUACAUAUGCGCUUUUGACAAGAGGGACGCCAUGCUCAGCUCGAAAGCGCUCUUAUACCGAUAUUGACCCUCUGGUGGGCAAUUGGGGAAGUCUCAUGCCUCUUGUUGCAAGAGUCGGCAUCAUCGUUAGGCAACUACGAAGAGGAGCCCAUGAAUCAGAACUUGAGAAGCUGAUUGAUCGUGUUGAAACAGGAUUGCUUGAAUGGGGUGGGCUCGACGAAACCUACUUGAGUGAGCAGAGCCUGUGCGGCGGGUCUUCGGCAAAUGGUCUCACUGGCCAUGACUACAUUGCGGAGGCGUAUCGUCUGUCUUCUCUUUUGGCACUGUACAGCUUCUGUCCUGGUUUACUGAGGAAGCGGGUCGCUAUGCUCAGAGACGGCGAAUCUACUUUUGACUUCUUAUCGCGGCUGGCCAAUUCUAUUAUCGUGCUGCUGCGACGGAUUUCCGUCGAGAGCCCACUAUGGCGGGUGUGUUCGCUCCCAAUCCUCUCAGCAGGACAAUUGAUCACAAAACCUUCUGAUCGGGACUUUCUGCGGUCGGUAACCAAUAUUUUGAAGGGGAAGAUCCGAGUUCCAAUAAUUCUCAGCGUCCGAAAGCUUCUAGAAGAUAUAUGGUGUCGGAGAGACGCUGGAUCUGAUGCAUGGUGGAUGGAUAUAUUGGAUGAGAGCGGAACUCCGGUCCUGAUCAACUGA